UGGAAGGGGGAGCCAGCAGAACAGGAAUGGUUGGUGGAAUGUCACCCUGGAGCUCUCGGAGCUUGGCAGUGUGCCGGGGCUCCUGAAAUGUUCCCAGGGCAUUGAGCGAUGGAGAGCCAGGCAGCAGUUUUUUUUUUUUUUCUGAAAGCUGACAUUGAAUUUGCAUGGAUUUGGAAGUUAAAGGAGUUGCUGCAUCCCCUCGAAGGAAGGCUGAGUUGUCAUUGAGGGUGAAGAAAUAUCAGGGCUGGAGACCAAAUAGACAGGCUACACACAGUCCUCACCCACCAGAGGUGCCAUGCCUAGAUCUAACGAGGCUUGGAGAUUCUGAUGAAGAGGAUGGGGACUCUUACAUACCGUACACUGGAAGUUCUUCUCAUAGGUGCCAAAUAGAUUCAUCUUCGGAGUGGAGAACGUCACUACAAACUCCAUAUGUACAGCAUCAACAUAAGACAAGACCAGAAAACCUGAUAUCUGCCACAGACAGAUCCAAACCAAAGCAUGGCCAGUAUGAAUCAGGUAUGAAGGAAGAAUAUAAGCAACAUCCUCAUAGAACUGCAGAAAAGAAAAAAGACCACCUCCAGUGUCCAGACACUUCAAUAAAGGGUACACAGCUUGAUGAUGGACAAGAUGAUUUUGUAACUAUUGAUAAGAAAGCUCUCCUGCAACAAUGCUAUACAAACAAGCCUUACAAAAUGCAGCACAAUGUAAGGAAAUCAGAAGCUGAGGAUGUGGCUGCAGAGAGGAGAAAACAGGCUGUUGUAGAACAAGUUAUGGUGGAUCAAUUAUGUAGAGCUGUCAUAAGUGAUCCAGAGCAGUCCACACGUUCUGAUGCUUGCAAGGAAGCUCAAGGACUUCUGGGAGCUGGCAUAGCACCGAUGCGUUUUAGAAAAAGGACACUCCAUGAAACCAAAGUAAGGACCAAAUCAGGACUAACUGAGAACAUGCUUUCCAACAAGCUACGCUUUGAUAGUAGGAUUAUAUCGAGAAAUGGUCACGAUGCUUGUAGGGAGUUGAUUGGAUUUUUUUUUGCAUGUGACAAAUCCCUUACUGUGUAUGAAUAUCGACAGUUUGGAAAAAACAGGACAAAUGCCUUGCCUUUCAUUCAGAAGGGAGUUUAUCAACAUCAACGUGGACAAAGAAAGGGAAAAGCUUAUGAUCUUAGUGACUUCUACAUUGGAGCCAAUCUGACUUUCAGAAGUGUUGCUCAUAACCUUCCAGAAAGUGUUAAGCAGAACCCCGUCUUCACCCUUCGUGUGAUAAGUAUUGAUGAAGCAGCUAUGGAUAAUCUAAAAGCUUCUUCUGUGGAACUCAAGGAAGAGUGUUCCAGGCAACUGGUUGAUGACAGCAAAGUUUUCAAGAAGAUUCAAGGUAUAUUCAGAGAAACACUAAGUAAAAGAGGAGUUCGGGUUAUAACAAGCUUAGGAAAGUAUUUCCGACAAAUAGACAAGAACAGAAAUGGCUUUCUUUCUCAAGCAACCUUGAAAGAAGCUCUAAAAGUAUUCAAUUUGGAAAUACCUGAAGGGGACUUUGAAUCCUUAUGGCUUAUUCUUGAUGAUAGCAAGAGUGAUAAGGUCGACUAUGGAGAAUUCACCCAUGCCAUCUUUGGAGAAAUGAAUGAAUAUAGGAAAGCAUUUGUAAGAAAAGCUUAUAUGAAACUAGAUUUCAACAAAACUGGGAAUAUACCUAUGAUAAAUGUCAGAAAAUGUUACUGUGCAAAGAAACAUCCUGUGGUAUUGACAGGCAAAACUGCAGAAGAAGAAAUGAAAUCUUCAUUUCUAGAAGCAUUAGGAGAGUCCUGCAGCAACCCCAAUGAAGUGUCCUAUUCUGAGUUUGAAGAUUACUAUGAAGGAUUAAGUUUUGGAAUUGUGGAUGAUGAUGAUUUUGUUAACAUCUUAAGGAAUUCAUGGGGAAUUUAGAGUGGAAGAUGACAAAAAAGAAGAAGGGACUUUUCUAAACAAGGAAUGGCUGAAUAAGAGAGGAUUAAAUCUUGAUAUGCUUUAUAAUUAGUGUCUUAAACUGAUUUCAGUGACAGAAAACUUUAGAUGCUUUCAGAAUAAUAUGUGGCAAAUUUCAUGGAGUGUCUGUUGAGUUAUGGUAGCCACUCUUCUAAUAAAAAUACUGUUCAUGACUUUUCACUGGAAAUUAUUAAGGCUGUUUCCCAUAUCAAAAGCCAUAUUUUUUUAUAUUAAAAUAAAGUGUCCUAUUUUAAAAUAAGGGAAUUAGAAUACUAAAAUGCCUGAAGGGGUAUGUGCAAGAGAAAAUUUUGUUUUAUGAUGCAUUGUGAAAAGCUUCAGAUUUGACUGCAUAAAUAUGAAUUGUAGCUUUUCUUCAGAAAUUUUCUUAUAGCAUUCUUUGUCUCACUUAUUUUUUCUUAUGCAGGUACUUAGCUUGAAAGAGAGCAGGUCAUCCUUUUCUGAUUUUGAGGAUGUCUACUGUACUGAAAGUGCAGAGAUGUUCACAGCAUUAGCCCCUUGGCCUGUGCACUGUCUUGACUGAUCUUGCUUUGUCAUUUUGGUCAGGCAUCCGAAGCUGAGCAUUGAAUCUCAAAGGUUUUAGUAAUCACACAUGUAUUUUAUAAUGCUUAUCUUCCUUUCCUGUAUUUUGCUAAGUGGUUUUCAAAACAAAUAAUUUAUAUUUAAAUAUCUGUUUUCUUUAUAUUGCUGGGAUUUUUAAACUAAAACAUAACAAUUAAAGAUUUUGUCAAACUGAUAUAUAGCAUUUUCUAUCUACUCUGAAAGUAUAAAAGAGAAAAGUAUUUUUUAAAAGGCCCAAAAAAACCACCUCUGCCAUCACAAAAAUUAAAUCAUAUAUUAAAAUACUCUCUGCUAUUUCAGAUGUUCUGACAG